GUUUUAAAUAAAAUAUUGAAACGUUCGGACGUGGUUUUGUUGACGUUCCUCGUCGUUAGAAUAACAAAAUACAUACAUACAUACAUACAUAUUCAUAUAUCAGUACCGGCGAUUCAACAAGACCGGCGCACAACUUUAUAUGUACUUCCGCUAGUGAUAGUAAAUCUCGAACUGAGAAGAAAAAAAUAAAACGAAUAUCAAUCAAACUAAAUGCAUACAUACUUAUGUAUGUAUGUACAUGUGUAGUAUGCGGCAGCUUGAGACAGCCGGAACAAGCUCUCAGCGACAAAAAUAUUUAUUUCUUUCGUUACUUUAAUUGCAACAUUGUUAAUCAGCAAAUAAAUAGAUACUGAAUGGACAACAAAAGCUGUGUAUAGCUUGUGCAUAAGUGAAUUAAAUUGAAUCAUGUUCAAGUCCGGUGAAUUAUAAAUUGAAUUAAAUGAAUUGUCUGGAUCUUCAGCAGGAGUGACUUUCACAGAUGGAUGGUAUUUUCAAAUGCUAAUCGUUUAGUUGAAAUAGGGGUCGGGUCGCACAAACCUAACUAAAUAUAGCGUGUUUUGAUAACACAGAUCACGUGAAUUAUACUUUUUUUUAUUGUUUUUCUGUAAAUCGUUUUAAAGCGAUAGCGGCCUCGUUAACCAGAUAGCUCAUCAACGAUCCAUGUUUAGGAAGUCAAGUAGUCUACAAUCGUUAACGUUUCCGUUUUUGAAAUUUUCUCCGCCUGCUUAGAAUUUUUCAAAUAUGACAACAGAGACACUUAAGCCGUUCAUACUUGCACCACAUUGUGCUGAUAACUCACUGAUGCGGACAAGUGCAGCGUCACGUCAACGGAGCUUUAAUACGACAUCGAUUAUUUUAAGUGCAUUGGCUGUGAUCUUGACUUUGAUUUUCUUAGGUUUUACGAUUUGGCAUUUCAAACGCAUUUCUCAUCUGGAAAACGAAAUGAAACAACUGGACAAACGUUUUCUUAGCAUGCAGCAACGUUUGGGCUUGACAAAUUUGGAAGAUGAAAGCGAUUUUGAGAAAGAGCAUAAUCCCGAUUUUAUAGAUAAGCCGACAAUAUUUGACAAUGGCGAAAACGAGUUAAUCGAUGAUGAAGAUAAUGAAGACAUAGAUGAAGAGGAUUAUGAAACUGAAUUUGAUUACGAGGAAUUUAGAAAAAAAUUGGCUGCUAUGAAUUAUGAUGAUGAUUUGGAUAAUAAAGAUGAAAAUGAUGAAGCAGAGGACUCUGUUGAUGGCAUUCCAGAUGGAGAUGACAAAGAUGAUGCGAGCGAAGAUGAAAUGGACAUGUCGGAUGAAGGGGAUUUUUAUAGUGACUUUUCUAAAUUUAAUUCCACACGACGGAAGAAGAUAGGCGCGCGUAAACCUCGUUCCAUCAAACCAGAUCAAUCGAGCGAAGAUCAUAAAAGAAAUACGACAUUUAAAAUCAAAAGCAGAACAAGCGAAAAUGAAAAGGAAUCUAACUAUCAGCAGAGAGAAAUUUUGAUGCUCAGAUUACCAUCCCAUCGUAGCAAAGUAUCUGAGGUUAAUAUUGAUCAAAAAAGUAGUGCAAACCGGGAAGUGGUGAAAAAGCAUUCCCACAGGCAUCACGUGGGUAACCGGCGAUAUAAAAAUGCUAUAGUAAAAAGUGCCAAAUCGUCGCGUCAAAUACUCCCUGCAACCAAUACUCCAGCAGCACAUUUUCAUUUAAAUCGUAAAAUUCCAGACCGUUACGCCAGUAUAAGGGUCGAUUCAUACUCUGGUGAUAUGUAUAUCGGUCAUCCCAGUUGGGCGAAUGAAAUUGACGUUGAUAACUACUUCAGAGUGGAGAAUGGUGUAUUAACCAUACGCGAACCGGGUCUUUAUUACGUAUACGCCCAGGUGUGCUACAACAAUACACACGACCAGAAUGGUUUCGUGAUAUUCCAUGGUCAUAAGCCUUUUCUUCAAUGCUUGAAUACAGUACCAACAAAUAUGCCACACAAAAUACAUACCUGCCACACCAGCGGCCUCAUAUAUCUCAAAGAGAAUGAAACAAUUCAUUUGCGCGAUUUCCAUAGUGAUCGAAAUGUUAUUUUAAAAGAUGUCAAUAACCGCAGCUACUUUGGACUGAUAAAAAUAUAAUAAAAAAACAUACAUACAUAUGUAUGUAUGUAUGUAUAUGAUUUUGGUGAAGGUAGAAGGGAGUACACUGUACAUUACAUUACUAAAAAUAUGAAGUGAUAUGUAUUUAUGAUGUAUGAAGUGUACAUAUGUAAAUACUACAUACAGAAAUAAAAAUUAAAUAAACAGAACGAAUAUAUACAUACACA